UGAUGGAGGGCGUCCGGGGCUGACGGCGGGAGGGCCGUCCCUGGUGGAGGUGAACCCCGAGCGAGGGGAUGUCGCGCACCGACAUCCCCGCAAACCUCAGCUUCAUCGCCGCGCUGUCGGAGCGCGUCUACUACAGUGGCGAGGAGGAAGGAGGAGAGGGGCGGGGGGCGGGCCCGAGCUCCGGGCGUGGGCUCCGCCGGGUCGCCGGGCCCGUUUCCGCCCCGGCCGGGCAGGGCGUCCGCGCCCCGCCGCCCCGCAGCCCCGACAGCCGAAAGCGGGUGCGCUUCGCCGACGCCCUGGGGCUUGGACCUGGUGGCCGGCGCCGCUUUCGCCCGGGGGAGAUGCCCCGCGUGGCCCCGACCGCGUGCCACGCCCAGCUGCAGCAAGACGCCCUCCGACACUUCGGGCCCUGCCCGCCCGCUGCCAGCAGCCUGCAGGAGGCGCGCGCCGCCCUGGAGCCCGCCCGCGACCCCGCCUUCGCCGCCCGCCUGCAGACGCAGCGCGUGUGCCUGGAGCGCGCCGAGGCGGGCGCCCUGGGCGUGUCCGGCUGCGCGCGCGUGCUCGACCUGGCCUACGAGAAGCGCGUGAGCGUGCGCUGGAGCGCCGACGGUUGGCGCAGCCAGCGCGAGGUCCCCGCCGCCUACGUCGGGCCGGCGCCGCCCCCGCCCCCGCGCGGCGACCGCUUCGCCUUCCGCCUGCCCGCCCCGCCCCCCGGGGGCGCCCUCCUCUUUGCCCUGCGCUACCGCGUCGCCGACCGCGAGUACUGGGACAACAACGGCGGCCGCGACUACGCCCUGGCGGGGCCCGACGCCCCGGGAGGAGCCCACGCGGAGCCCCAGGGCUGGAUCCAUUUCGUCUGAGGGGGGGGGGGAGAAACCACCCGACCCGCGCGGGGGGGAAGAGAAAGAAUCAGAGGGAGAAACCACGCACCCCGUGAGGGGGGGAGAGAAAGAAUCAGAGAAAGAAACCACCCGACCCGCGCGGGGGGGAGAGAGGACUCAGAGGGAGAAACCACCCGACCCGCGCGGGGGGGAGAAAAAGAAUCAGAGGGAGAAACCACCCGACCCGCGCGGGGGGAGAGGGAAUCGGAGGAAGAAACCAACGAACGCGCGCGGCGGGGGGGAAGAGUGAGAGGAAGAACCAACGAACGGGGGGGACCUAAGGGAAGAAACCAAAGAAGCACUUCCGGGGGGGGCCGCGGGUGACACCAAAGAAGCUGGGGUGGAAGAAACCAAAAUGACAGAAACCGGAAGUCCACUUGUGAACCCCAGCCGGGCCAGCGUGGUGGUGAUCAUUCAUUCGUGUGUAGUGAGCGCUUACUGUGUGCAGAGCGCUGUACUAAGCGCAUGGAAAGUACAACAGUCGUUAUGGGGUUUCUUG